CACUUUUCUGCAGGAUUAACAGGGCACCGCUUUUUUCCCCCCUAGUCGAUAGAAACCCAUUAAGAUCUAAACUCCAGAAGGUCUUAUGUCACGUCGUUUUGGGUUCCAGAUUGCGAUCAACAUGACCAUGUGACUGAGCAAUCACAUGGCCGCAGAGGUUUCAUGAUCCGCUUUAGUUUUUUAAAAGUGCGGUGAUCGGUGGCUCCCGCAGCAGCAGCAGCAGCAGCAGCGCUGGAAAACACAGCGGAACAUGGCGAACAGUGGGCAGAAAGUUGUGCUGAUCACCGGCUGCUCCUCUGGCAUCGGGUUACGAAUCGCUGUCACGCUGGCCAAAGAUGAAAAGAAGCGUUACCAUGUUAUAGCUACCAUGCGAGACUUAAAGAAGAAGGAUAAACUUCUGGAAGCAGCUGGAGAUGCAUAUGGGAAGACCCUGAUGUUGCUCCAAUUAGAUGUAUGCAGCGAUGACUCUGUGAAGGAGUGCAUUAACAAUGUUAAAGACCGCCACAUUGAUAUUCUAAUCAACAACGCAGGUGUGGGCUUGCUUGGACCCGUGGAAAGCAUCAGCAUUGAUGAAAUGAAACGAGUUUUUGACACCAAUUUCUUCGGAGUGGUUCGUAUGAUCAAAGAAGUGAUGCCAGACAUGAAGAAGAGGCGUUCGGGACACAUUGUGGUCAUGAGCAGUGUAAUGGGUCUCCAAGGGGUGGUGUUCAAUGAUGUUUAUACAGCCUCUAAGUUUGCAAUGGAAGGCUUCUGUGAAAGUAUGGCUGUGCAGCUGAUGAAGUUCAAUAUCCGGUUGUCGAUGAUAGAGCCUGGCCCUGUGCACACUGAGUUUGAGACGAAAAUGAUGGAAGACGUGGCUAAGAUGGAUUUUCCAGGAGUUGAUGCAGACACAGUUCGAUAUUUUAAAGAUGUUUACCUUCCAUCGUCCAUAGAUAUAUUUGAAGCCAUGGGCCAGACUCCAGAGGACAUAGCUAAAUGCACUAAAAAGAUUAUUGAGUCAGAAAGGCCUCGCUUUAGGAAUCUGACCAACAGCCUCUACACGCCCAUCGUGGCCUUAAAAUACGCAGAUGAGACCGGCGGCCUCUCUGUGAACACCUUCUACAACUUGCUCUUUAAUUUUGGUCCUCUCAUGCACAUCACCAUGAGCAUCCUGAAAUGCCUGACAUGUAGCUGCCUGCGCAGACGCACCAUCUCUCCAUAAAUACAGUGUUUAGUAUUACGCUGCCACAAAACCUUAGAGUCUUUAUGCAAGGUUCUGGGCUGAGCAGGUAAUGUACGACAUAAAGCUCAAAGUGAGAGAGCUACUUGUAGUUCUAAGAUAUUACUGUGAUAAGCUUUGACAGACGAUAACGCGCAAUUGCACAUUUUUUCUUCUGAGGAGAUGGUAUAUCCAGGGUUCCCUAAUUAGAGAAAAAUUUGUCACAUGAUAGGGAUACAAAAAUGCUAAUAUUGUCCUGUUGCAUAAUGUUAUGAAAAAAAACCCCACCAUAUAUCACUCUCUUUUUUUUAAGAGAAGCACAGAGGAAUAAACAUGAUAUAUAAAUCUUAUGGACUAGUACAAAAGCACAAACUGAACUCAGUUAACAUGUGAAACAAGGAAAUUGUAAGAAACGUUGGGUUAGUAACACUUUGUA